AUGAAAGAGCGAUUUUAUAGUACUUUAGCGUCAUUAAGAACGAUAACAAACGCUAAGAACACUGCUUAUAUUGAAGAUGAACGUUAUAAAAAGUUAAUUGAAGAAGUUUCCACGGCAAAAAUAACAGCUAGAAAGACUUCUCGUGAUUAUUGGUUAUUGCGGCGAUACGAUGUGCUUACCAUUGACCAGAAAAGUAAGCUUAUUUUUCCUGUUAAAGACACUACAAGCACUAUUAUUUACUACGCAUGUGAUAGGGAGUUAUUCGACAUAUUACACGAGGCACAUAUUCAAAUUGGUCACGGCGGAAGAGAUCGUAUGAUGAAAGAGGUAGGGAGUCACUACAAAAACAUAACACGUAAGGAUAUAGAAACUUAUCUUGAACUUUGUGAACCCUGUCAACAAAAGCAAAAAAACAUCAAAAAAGGCAUUGUUGUAAAGCCUAAUAUAUCGUCAGAGUUUAACUCUAGAUGCCAAGUGGAUCUGAUAGAUUUUCAGUCCCAGCCCGACGGUGAUAACAAAUUUAUAAUGGUGUAUCAAGAUCAUUUAACAAAAUUUGUUGUUUUAAAACCACUUAAAACAAAACGAGCUGAGGAAGUGGCUCACACUUUAUUGGACAUAUUUACUCUACUUGGUGCUCCUGCAAUACUUCAGUCUGAUAACGGCAGAGAAUUUUCCAACCGAAUUAUUGAGAAUUUAAAAACAUAUUGGCCUACUUUGAAAAUUAUUCAUGGUAAACCCAGGCAUUCGCAAAGUCAGGGGAGUGUGGAAAGAGCAAAUCAGGAUAUUGAAAAUAUGUUGACCACGUGGAUGCAAGACAAUAAUAAUUCACAUUGGAGUGAGGGUUUAAGAUUUGUGCAACUCAUGAAAAACAGAGCUUUUCACGCUGGUAUUAAGCAAUCCCUUUAUGAGGCACUUUUUGGGUGUAAAGUAAAAGUUGGUUUACAGUUACCCAAUGAUUUCACGCAAAAUGUAGAAACUGAAGAAGAUUUGGAGAAAAUUAUACAGGACCUUACCAAAAAGGAAGAAAAUCCCGAAGUCACUGCAUGUGAAUUCUCUAAGCUUGCACCCACCAAUGCAGCGUUUGUUCACAAGAAACUACAGAGGCUCACACAUGUAGAGAAUGUGGAUGUGCAAUCCACGCUAUUUGCGCUGUUGCUGAAGAAUCAUCUGAUGAAGGAUUUGGAUCUAAAGUUUUGUGUCUAUUAUGUUCAAAGAAAUAUAAGUGCUAAGAAAAACCUACAACAACAGGCUGAAAAAAUGCUGAAAUCGAGUGAAAAGAAGUUUGCUCCUGUACCUAUUGGCACUUCUGUACGAAUUGCAGUUCCAGAGGUUGACAGAGGACGUGGUGAUGUCCGAAAUAUUAAAGGUGUAGUUUUGGCUAAAACCGAUGAUGAGCUUUAUCAAAUUGGUACCAAGAACGGAAUAUUAAAACAAGUAUAUUCUCGAUUUCAGAUUAAUGUGUGUCCAAGAGCUCUUCUUGAUGCAGAGGAUGUACCGAGUACGGAGAUAGCACUACGAUGUCUGUGCUAUAAAAAUAAAUUAUUGUGUACUUCCAAGUGCCAUUCCGGCUUACCCUGCAAAAAUAAAUAG